CCACAUCCGCCACAGCUAGGGUUCCGUUCUGCAGCCGCGCGAGGACCUGUGCAUGACCAGGCGGGAGGCGAAUCUCACCGACCACCUCCCGAAAUCAGUCCUUUGAUUCCUCCCAAUACGCUCUUCUCGCGAUGGAGCCUUUGAGCGCUGCCGGUCCGACGAGGCAGUCCUUCUCGACUCGGCCUCCUUCUCAGGAUCCACGACCUCUUCCCACGGUGCCUGGCACACAGAGCCAACUACCGAUCCUAGAGUAUCAGGGUUAUCAGGAGCUCCGCACAGACUCGCCGACGCGCAGCCGAGCGAGCCCGAAUGAACCUAUGACGCCGUCGAGGACGCCUUCGCACCCCGAUGUCCCAACAUCAGGCUUGCUCACGCCCGAGCACGCGCAAUAUGCAACGUAUGCGUCCCCUGAAAAACCGGCGCCGUUUGCACAUGAUAGAGAUGCGAACGGGCUACCCUUAUCCAUGCCGGGGUGGACGCCGACGCCACUGCAGACUUGGUUCUGGGUCACGUUUUCAACAUUGCUCGUCGCGAUCGCUAUCGCGCUGGAGGUCGCUCUCGCGCUCACAAACAGGAAUAACGGGUGGUCAACAAGCGGGAAGUGGUCAUCGUCAGAUGGCUUAAUGCACUAUGUAUAUACUCUUCCCCCGGUGUUCGUUGCGAUGAUCCUCGUUGGUCUUUGGGCGUGGACAGAUAUAGAAGUCAAGCGCUUGCAGCCGUAUGUCGACCUUAUCCAUGGUGAUUCCCCGGCGCAACACAGUCUCCUGCUUGACUACACUCGUACACACAACUUCAUUGUGUGGGUGAAGGCGGCAGUCAACAAGCAUUACCUGGUCGCGUUGACAUCGCUCAUGGCGAUCGUGGCUCUGAGCUUCCAGCCUCUGGCGGCUGCGCUGCUCGUACUCCGGGACACGUGGACGACUCACCCCGACAUGCUCGUCAGCAACCUUCAAGAGAUCGGGCUGAACCAGAAUCAGCAAUUUCAGGAUCUCACGACAUUCCUUGGAGCAUCCGGGUUUGCGUCAUCUAAAAUUCUGUAUGGGCUAGGCGACGCUGCUUUCGUGCGAGAUGGGUACACUGUCGGCGAGUUUCAUUUACCCCUGGACAUCGCUACGAACGGAACGGUCUCUGCAAAUACCACAGCCAUUCUCAGUGAUCCUGGAUGCCGCGGACCAGACCAAAGCGUGCAGAUGAGCCAACAUACCGAUGGUACCGGAUGGACCAACAGCGCAACCUUCAGCGGGUGCACGUACUCCUGGACCGUUGACAAGUCUUCGCAGCACUUAUUUGGCGCGCAAGUCAUGACGCCGUGCUCCGCGUUCAACACCACCGUCGAGUUCAUGCCCGUCAUCUUCUGGUUCUUCACGUACGAACCCACCGCGAUGGCGUCCGUCACCAUGUGUGCACCGUCGAUCGCGCUGCAUAAUGUCGCGGUCACGGUGGACCUGAGCACGUCGAACCUGACGAGCGUGCAGACGCUGGGCAAUGUCGUCCCCGGGCAAGGCAACUUCACGCAGCAUGCAAGCAACUUGACGGGCGCGCCACUCAACGGGCAAGCGUACAACGGCCUGAACUGGACGCAGAGCCAGCUCGUGGCAGAUCCGUUUGUGAACAUGCGCGCACAGGCCAUUCAGCUGCAGCUGCCCGCUGCUGUAUUCCAGAAUGCAGUGCAGAGCCAGGAGGGACUCGCGGCCGCGUUUGUGAAUAACGCAUUUGCGGAUUUGUCGGCAACUGUCUAUGUAAGUGUCUUCCGUAAUUUCUCCGGCGGCCUGUUUAAAGCGAGUGCAAGUUUGUUGAUUGUCUUUUUUGCGGGUGGGGGACAGCGCUCGUAUCUCGUGAUGCUUGCCAAACUCGUCUAUCUCGUGGACACGAGCGAUGCUAUUAACGUACGCGUUCAGUCUAUCGAAAAACGGCUGUGGAUGAGCGAAACCGCCGUGCAUCUCCUCGCCGCCGCGAUGCUCGUGAUCGCCUUCUUCGGCGUGAUCAUUCAAAUCCUCCACCGAUACGACCGCCGCGACCUCCGCCUCCUCCACCGUCCCGGCACCCUCGCGUCCGCGGCGGCCAUCACCGCCUCCACGCCUAUGGCCCAGCUGCUCGAUGGGCGACAGUACGGUGCGGACAUGAACGCCGCCUUGCAAGGGAAGAAGUUCAGGAUCAACACGUCGACAAUGAAGGUCGUCAUGGAGGGCGAGCCUGAGUAUUACUCGGAGACCGCGCGGAGUCCUGGGUGGCGGCGGAGCGCGUUCGUGACGGGGUGGAAUAAUCGAUUUGGGGCGGGCGGCGAGGAGGCUGUUUUGGCUGUGGCAGACGAUGGUGGUACCGGCGCGCGGAGGGGAAAGAGCGUAUUGGGGCGGUUCAAGAGGGGACAGAACCAUGAUGAAUCCGUAUCGUGA